AAAUUAUUUAUGUAACUUUUUUGUAAUUUAUUUGGAGCAGAAAAUGUUCUUUCAUUUAUUUUUCUUUUAGUUUCGCAAUGUGCAACCAUGUUCAUGCGUGAGUUCUAGAGUUGGCUUGCUUUGGAUUUUUAUUGUCGAAAGUCGGCUUAUGCUUUCCUUGUUUUGUUUUUCCUGGUUUUUACACAUUCACGUCAUUCACGUUGCGGCGUGGUUCGUCCCUUGUGCGUCGAUUCGUUCCGUAACCCAUAUAAGUUCGAGUUUAUUUCCAAGACAACUCUGGGUGCGCACCAUGAAAAGCCGCGAGGAAAAUGGUUACCUCUACGGGAAGCGGCUGCUGCAGGGAAUGGGCUGGUCCGAAGGAAAAGGACUCGGAAAACACGAGGACGGCAUCAAGGAGUUCAUCAAGGUCAAGAAGAAAAUGAAUACCAAAGGGAUCGGGUUCAACGGCGUCGACGACAGGUGGAUCGAGCACCAGGAGGCCUUCGACGACCUCCUGGCCACCCUCAACGGCGGAAAGCCACCCGAGGACCAGCAGCAGCUGUCGUCUAUUGAGGAGAGGUCCCGUCGUCUCGGCGGCAGGGUCCACUACUCCAAGUUCCUCCGGGGGAAGGACCUGAGCCAGAAGAAGCAGAAAGACAUUGACGCCAUCAUCAUCAAGCGCAAGCGGGACAAGGUUGCAGACGACGCAAACCUUGAGGAAACUGGCGAGGAGGCGAGGGCGGAGGAGUUUCCCAACACGCACACCAGCAACAUGAGCUACCAGGAGUACUUCGCUCGCCGCAUGAAGGACCUCAAGGCAGCUCGAGAUAAAGAAGUGGAGGAGCCCGGCAGCCCAGGGCGUGAAGGUGUAACCAAGGACUUCUCUGCCAAAACAUGGUCGAAGAGCAAGUCCAGAAAGCUGCAACCAGAAGAUACCUUGGAAACAGAAGUCACGAAAGAACCGUCCAACAAUGAAAACACUGCUGAAGCGGAAGUCGCAAAGCGGAAACGCCGGAAAAAAAAGAGGGCCACAGCGGCCGACGAAUGUCGCAAAGAAGCUUUGGGCGAAGGCGACGUAGCUUCUGUCACGAAGCAGACAACUGAAGAAGGUUUGUGUGACGGGGAGCACGAAAAGCUAAGGCUGUCAGCUCCUGACGGCGUGUGCGAAGGGGACGAAGCACCCGCCGACGGGUCGCGUUGUGACAGACGGAAAAAGGGAAAACGGUUUGUGGAGGAAGACGCAGAGGCUAAAAAGGCAAAAAAGGUUAUCCAAAGAGCUGUCGACAGCGAUGGCAGGACUUUGAGGCCUGCGGGCGAGUUUAGGCAUAGAAAAGAACGGAAGGUUUUAAAAACUAUUGACGGGGGGUGUGGGAGCGGCAAAGUGGUGGCCUGGGAAGAGGGUGAGAAAGGUGCGGCAGUAGGCAAGGACAGAGUGAUCGUCGAUGACGGAGCAAUCGGUAACAGCGAAGUGAUUGGCGACGAUGGAGUUAUCAGCUGUGGCGGAGUCAGUGGCAUCGACGAAAAUCGGAAGAAGCGAAAGAAGGCGACGAGGAAGCGUGCCGAAACAGAAGGCAAGGACGAGGGAAACGAAGCGGAGGAAAACAAGGAGGGAGACACACCAAUGCCAAAAUGCAAGAACACGAAGAAAAAGGCGAAAAUGGACGGCUGCCGACCGGACAAAGAAACGGAAGAGACGGUAGUCGAUGAGAACAGCGAAAGUGAGGUCGACGAAACAAUGGAACCUCCCAGGAACAACGGCGCAAAAGCGGUGGAAAGGACGCCGCUCAAGUUGCUGAAGCACAAGAAGAAGGCUUCUCCCAUCGUGAAGAAAGGGAAGGUGCCACGCAUGAACGCUGACAAAGCCGGUCAUCUGGCGCAGUGGAUCGUGGAGAGUCCGGAGGCAUCGAGAGCCGCGGACCGCCUGGCGAUGGGGAACAAGACCCUGCUGGCAUCUCACUUCAGGAACCUGCUGCUCCGGGAGCACAGGGGCUCCAACUGGGCGCUCAUCCCAGGCUACGGAAGCCCCGCCUGGAUGGAGAAGUGCACCGCGCUGCUGGCCCUUACCCUCAGGGAGCAGGAAGAGGCGAAGGCAGGGGAAGGAACAACGGGCUGAAGAGAGUCUCAGCGAUGGUCACCACGCGUCAACAGACCGAAUGCAAGAAGAAGCACCGUCUCGUGCGCUCGGAGUAAAUUAUAGAGUUUCCGCCGUAUUGGGGGACUUCCGUACCGACAGUUUCUCCCGAGAGACAUUGGUCCCGACAAUGUGGAAUUCGUAGGUCGAAAAUGCGAUCACACGCUGCCAAUCCGGUUCGAACCCUUCACACGGCGUCUUCGAUAAAGACCAUUCACUUACCCGGAUAGUCCUAUUUAUCACUUAAGCGACGAGUCUUGCCGUCCCGUUACUGACAAUUCCUUUUCCACAAUCUUGUGGCAGUCUUUCUUCUCUUCGUUGCGCCGAAACUAAAUAGCAACCCAUUGAACGUAAAAAAAUAAAAA